AUGAAUAUUCGCAUAUCCAGCGCAAGCAACCCCACCUUCCCCUCCACCGCCAUUACACUCAGUCAUCAUCUCAACAGCAGUCCCCAAUUGCUCGGGCUGCUGCGGGCGCCCUCCUGGAAACCGCCAAAAGCUCACCCGUACUCAAGGCUGUGCGCGGCGUACGGCCUGCUCGUGGAGGUACGACAGCCGCUGAGUGGUGGCGGCGCUGACGGCACCGCCGCCGACGCGGCCGCCAGUCUUCGUUCCGCUGACGGCGGCAGUAGCGGUACUCGGGAGGCGUGUACCGCGUUCUACCUUACUGACACGGGCGUCAUGUUGCAGGAGUCGCACCCCGCUCAGAUGAAAUGGCUGGCUCUCAUGUUGGGACUGCCGGGGCAUUACGUAAGCCGGGGAUACUUGUACGACAAUGUGAAACAAGGCCGCAUGGGUUUCGAGGCCGCUUUCGGCAGCGACUGGUACUCGUACGUGGCCCAGCACCCCCUGGAGUCCACUGCCUUCGACAAGGCCAUGACCGCCACCUCCGCCGCGGCAGCGCAGUCCGUGGCUCUGGGCUACGACUUCUCACGGCACGGCACGGUGAUGGAUGUGGGAGGCGGCCAGGGGAUGUUGAUGACCGCUAUCCUGCACCACCACCCAGGUGUGCGUGCGGGUUAUGUGCUGGAACUGCCCGACGUGGUGGCGCGGGCGAGAAGUAUGGGGCAGAGGGGGCUCGAGCGGCUGCAGUACAUCGAGGGUGACUUCUUUCAGCCAUUUCCCAUCGCCGCGAACUGCCUGGUAAUGCGCCUGGUGCUUCACGACUGGCCUGAUGAGGAGGCCGCCGCCGUACUGCGCCACGCCCGCGCCGCCCUGGUCCGGGGGGUCCCCGGCUGCCGGCUGGUGGUGGUGGAGGCGGUGCUGCCCGAGCUGGUGGGUCCGGGGGAGGUGGACGCGGCCACCUUACAGCAGCUGGAGUUCGACAUGGGCAUGAUGUUGAUGACUACGGGCCGCGAGCGCACCCUGGGUGAGUGGAAGGCCCUAUUCGCCUCGGCAGGUUUCCGACUGGAUCAGCUGCUGAAACCCGAGGGAUCGAAAUUGCCAAUCAUGGUGCUGGAGGUGCUGGAGGUGCUGGAAAGCGGGCCGCAGGACCCAAAGCAGCAGUAG